AUGAGGAUCGCAGCGCUCGGCCUGAUCCUAUUCGGUGCGCUUGGCGGCUUCAGCUGGGCGGCGCCGGCGAUACCGCGGCUCGGCGGGGCGCCGUUCGUGGCGGGGAUGGUGGUGUUCUAUCCGGGCGGGCCGCUGAUCGAGAAGGCGAUCACGGAGCCGCGCGAGGUGGGAUGGAUGGUCCGGGGGAUCAACCCGGCGCUGCGGUUCCUCAGCGCGAUCGGCCGCGCCGCCCAUCCCGGCGAGCUCAUCGGCGGCCUCAACGCCUCCACCAAGGCCCUCCAAUCCUGCUGUCCCCGGCUCGCCGAGCUCAUCCUCAGGGGCUUGAAUCGCAUCCGCAACCAGGCCUCCGAUGACCUGCACGCCCAGGUCAACCUCGCCGCCCAGCGCAAGGCUUUCAAGGACGCCCCCGAACACUUCCUCUCCACUCGCCUGAAACCUUCUCCUGGAUCGCCCCAUCAUCCCGACAUACCGGCCGCCAAUACCAAAGUUCCUGCCCAAGUAGCAGCGGCCGCUUAG